UCAAUUUGUAUUUGCGAAAUGGGGAAGAGGAAGAAGGCUAGGGCUUCUGAAGCAAAUCUUGACAGGGACGAAGGAAUGGAGGAUAAUCGAGAAUCUAUGGCGAGUGAAUCUUCGUCCUUAGGAAGGAAGAGCUUGUACGAGAUUCUCGGGGUGGACCAAACAGCAUCUCAACAAGAAAUAAAAAAAGCGUAUUACAAAUUGGCACUGCGUCUCCAUCCUGAUAAAAACCCCAAUGAUGAGGAUGCCAAAGAGAAGUUUCAGCAGCUACAAAAGGUGAUAUCUAUUCUUGGCGACGAGGAGAAACGUGCACUGUAUGACCAGACUGGUUGUGUUGAUGAUGAUGAUCUAGCAGGAGAUGCCAUCCAAAAUUUACAGACUUUUUUCUGGACCAUGUAUAAAAAGAUUUCUGAGGCUGAUAUUGAAGAGUUUGAAGCUAACUACAGAGGCUCUGAUUCAGAGAAGAAAGAUUUGCUAGAACUAUAUAAAGAAUGCAAGGGCAAUAUGGACAGACUAUUCUGCUGCAUGAUUUGCUCUGAUCCAAUGCUGGAUUCUCAUCGAUUCAAGGAUAUAAUUGAUGAGUCUAUUUCUUCAGGAGACUUAAAAUCAACCAAAGCAUAUGAGAAAUGGGCAAAGAAGGUGGCUAAAACAAAACCUCCUACAAAUCCAUUGAGACGGAAGAAGAAGUUGAAAGAAAAGUCAGAUCUAUAUGCCAUCAUUUCCCAACGCCAGACGGAUAGAAAAGAUAAGAUGUUUUCAUCUCUGCUUCAAAAAUAUGGAGGCGAAGCAGUUCCUGAGCCAAGUGAAGAGGAAUUCCAAGCUGCCCGAAGAAACCUUGAGAGCAAACAGGCUUCCAAAAGAAAGAGGCAAAAUGGCGUCACACCGAAGAAGGCAAGUGCAAGUAAGGGUAAGGGAAGCGCAUCCGGCCAAAAGCGCUCCAAAGUAAUGGACACAACCCCGAUCGAACCUGAUCGUACAGAUGACCCUAACCUGAUCUUCACCGAGUCUGAACAAAUUGAUCGAUAUAACAGGCUAAAGGACAAGCCUUUCCUAAAGGGGCGAUACAUCGACGAGGAUGCCUUAGUUAUGUUGAAUUUGAAAGAGGAGGUCGACUCGCUAAUUUCCGUUGGAGCUUGGCGUAGGUUUUUCGAGAUCGUCGAACCCAGCUAUCAAAAUCUUACACUCGAGUUCAUGGCGACAUUCUCGCAUGAUCCCGCCUACUAUCACUUUGAUAAACCCGAUACACUGAAGUUCCGGCUGCGGGGACAAGAUUACAGCAUGUCCCUCACAGACUUCUCCGUGGCUAUGGGACUAUAUGAUCGGGAUUUUGUGGCGACUCACGAGUACGAGGCAUUGCCUAUUUCUAUGUCUCCUUUGCCGCAGGAUUAUUGGCCGACGAUAAGCACACAACAACAUUAUGAUCCGAAACAGUCCAAGGCAUCUACUCUACGGUUAGUGUCGCUUCGGUACAUUCACAAUAUUUUGGCACAUACGAUAACCGGUCGGGGAGAGAGCACGGGAGUCGUCACAACGCAAGACUUGUGUUGUUUAUGGAGUAUGUCCGAGCGAUGUCCGAUUCACGUAGGCUACAUGCUCGCCCGGUUCAUAAUCCACCAAGUAGAAGACACGCGCCUAAGAGUGAUUGCGAUCGGGCCUUACGUGACGAGAUUGGCUAAGGGACUGAAAAUGCUCGAUGAGUCGAAUGAGGAUCCGGUUCAAACUAUGAUGUCGGUCGGGUUUAGGACGUUGAAUCUUAUGGGUUUGGCGAAACGAUCGACAAGCUCGGAUGGAAUGUUGUGGACAUUAGUGGAGAGAUCGAUGCCGGUGCUCGAUGAUGAUGAAACUUAUCCUCUAGAGGACCCGGCGCUCGACGAUGAAGCUCGGAAUCAAGAACCGGAAACCAUUGUUGCCCCGGAAGAAUCGAGGUCGAGCGUUUUGUUGGAUGAGUUGCAUUCGGAAGUAGUUCGGAUGAAGAGUAAUAUGACCGAGCUUUGCUCCGAGGUCCGGUGGUUGAGGGCUACGAUGACCCGCCUUUGCGCACAUUUCUCCAUCCCCACUCCUCCGGUGCCAUCGGAUGUUCGACGUUCAGACCCAUUGACGUCCGCGACAAACCCGGAGACAUCGAUUUUAGAUGUACUGGUCGCGGUGUCGUCAGAUUUUCGACCUUUAGAUCCAUCAACAUCGGUGACGAACCCGGAGACAUCGAUAUUAGAUGUCCCAGUGUCGUCAGGAAUUCGACCUUCAAACCCAUCAACAUCGGCGACGAUGAUUUUAGAUGUCCCGGCCAUGGUGUCAGCGGAGGCCGCCCCGCAAAUGCCAAUUCUAGAUGUCCCGGCCACCGUGUCAUCGGAUGUUCCGCCUCCGAUUCCCGGAAUCUCAGCGUCGACAUUAUUCGACUUAUCUUCGAUUCCGAGCAAGGAGUAUUCACACGGAGACUGAGUCAAAUCUGCCCGAACUUUUCUCCUGUCCUCUCUCGCACACUCACACACGCACACACACUCUCUAUGGCUGCCGCUGCCGCUGCCGCCACGAACAUCUCCUCCUCCUCCUCUG